AUGGAUAUCGCCAUCCAAACGAUCGAUGAUGUGGUUGUUCCUACCGGUACAAUCGACCUUCAUGAGGACGAGAACGAAGCAUUUGAAAAGGUAUGGGACCAUGUCGAAUGGGCGGGUAUCAUGGCAUGGCAUUCUCCUCGCAUCCGGACCUUUGAUCGCUGUGAUCCUUAUGUGGCUUUGUACCGUGUACCCACACCCCAUACCCCUAGCUGCUGCACACGUUUCCGUCUACGAGGGUUCUUGCCUACUCUAUUGCUGCAGCAACUAGUAGCCAUGGUAUGGCAAAACAGUGCUUCUUCCUUUUCCGCCUCUACCCCAUGGGCAAUUCUCUCAUUGUCAGGCUUCCGUGAUACCCCCAUUGCAUGGCGAACUAAAUAUCCUGGCCUUGGGCUUGCUUUGGGAUCAGGCAGCUCUUUAAUGCAACCAGCGCCUGACGAUGGUUAUACUGCUGGUCAACGCGCGAAAAAAGUGCGAAGGAAAGGCCAUAUUCGCCGUGGUGAGUCUGAGCAUGGAUUUAUGCAGUCGGGUGAAAAUGGAUGGCAUCUCUUGUUUUUCCCACCGUCUAGUGAUGCUCAAGGUGCCAUAGCUUUCCUUGAGUCGAUGGAAAUAGAUACCCGUAUGUAA